AAAGGAAUUGAAGACACUAAGCAGAGGAAAGGUAGGAAAUUGAGAGUCUAUGAAGGGAAAGAUAGAAAUAAAGAAAAGAGGAAGGUUAAAAAUGUUUAACAAAUAAAGAAGUGGGGAUGAACACAAAGGAAAAAUCCUCAUGAAAGAGGGAGUGGUAGAAACAGUGGAUGAUGUCUUGGAGAAGGAAAAGGAAAGACUCCUUUAGGAAGGAAGGCGAGGAGACAGAGACAUCUUGGGAAGGAGGGAAGAGGAAAAACUUCAUGAGAAACUAUUUUGGGGAGAAACCAGAAAUAUUAUUUAAACAUUAGACGGUUGAGAGGAAACAGAAGAUGUACAGAGGGAAAAGAGGAAGAGAAAUAGAUGCUUUCAGAGGCAACAAAAAGACUGACAUGGGCAGUGAUUGAGAUGAUGGGAUCCAACUUUGGAAACAUGCUUAGAGGAAGAUUCAGAGAAGGAAACUGAGAGGAAGAGAAUAAAUCUUUGGGGAAUUAUUUAAUAUGAGGAAAAGAAGAGAUGUUGCAUGAAAAAGGGGGAAAAGAUUGGAGGAAAGGAAAGGAUGGAGAGAGGAGAGGAGGUGGGAAGCUUCUUGGGAAAAGAAGGGAGGAGGGAGGGAUGAAGUUCUGUGGGUGGGGGGUGAGGGGCAUUAACAGCCCUCCUCCACCCCCCUCCCUCCUCCCUCUCCUGAUGAUGAGGAGGCUCCGCCGUGCGUUUUGUUCCCUCGCAGUCACAAAGUACCCAACAAGCACCGAUCCGUUUCCGAGCCAGACCAAGCCAAGCCGAGCUACGGCGUGCGUCUGCGCCCCUCAAACACCACCCCCCUGCCUCCAACACCACCACCACCACUACCACCACCACCACCCCACCCUCGCCUCCACCGUCUCCCACCGCCGUCUCUCUGGCAAUGGAGCCGUGAGCGAGCCUCUGUGUGUGUGUGUGUGUGUGUGCUGAACUGAGCCCGAGCGUGUGAACCAGCAAGCGGACCCGAGGAGACAGCUGAGACCGAGCGGCUAUGGAGGAGCAGCGCAGGGAGGCUGGAGUCUAGACCUGCACACGAAUCAACAAGAGCUGCUUUAUCCGGAUUACUUUUUUGUGCAACAUUUUGAACUCUCUUUCUGUGACUUGAACAGGGAUUUGAUUUUGUCCUCGGUCUGAUCAUCUUGUGUCAUUGCACGGUGAGGAUGCAGGGGAAGGAGAGGAGCGUUUUCUGCACGGGAUGCUGGAGACUAACGCUGCUGUCGUGCGUCCUGGCUCUGCACUUGAUCCCACUGACUGUGCACGGAAACGUUGCGGGGACCAAUGCCACUGAGCCUGACAGCGCGGCAAAUGUCACCUCGCUGCUUAACGAGGCGGAGGGUCCAGACAAGGUCAAUGAGGUGAGCGUCUCAGCCAAUCCCGACCCAAUCAGCACUGUGACCCCGAGGGCGGGCCGGAUGCCCCGUGCAGGCGAGGAGGAUGAGCAGAGCAGCGGCAUGUUUGGUGAACCAGUGGUCCCUGCGGUGGAGGAAGUGGGCGUGGCUGCCCCGCCCCGGCUCAGCCCUGAUUCUGCUGAGACGGAGCACCUGUUACCCAGCAGCCCACGUGAAACUGAGGUGGUGUCGAUUGAGGAAGAAGAGGAAGAGGAGGAAGAGCGUCUGCCGCACACCGACCCACCUUGGAUUCACGCCAAGGACACAGCUGUGUUUGACCUGGAUCGCCUCUUCACCACCACCCCUCCACCCGCCACCAACCCCUCCAACCCCGACAUCCUCCACGUCGACUUCUUCGAUCCCUCCUCCCGCGGGCGCAACCUCGACUUAGCCCCUCCCUCUCCUUCAUCACUGGCCCACGAGCUGCAGGGCGGAGACCCCACCUCCUGGGCGAUGCCGGACAACUACGACUACCUCACCCCCUACGAGGACGGUGCAUCCCCCACUGCUGAUGAGUACACCUACAGCACCACAACUGACGCCUACGAGACGGACGAAGACCUCCGUCUCUCUGCUGGGUCUCCAGCUCGCUCCAGGCCCAGGGCCCCAGCUUCCGGCUCCCUCAUCCCCGGGGCUCCUCCAGUAGCUGCACCUGUGGAUGGAUCAGACGGGAUGGGAGGAUGCCGUGUGGGCUAUCAGGUGUCGAAUGGAAGCUGCCGCUCGCCCUGUGACAUGUUGCCUAACUACUGCUUCAACGGAGGACAGUGUUACCUGCUGGAGGGCAUGGGAGUCUUCUGCAGAUGUAACGUCCAGGAUUACAUCUGGCACAAAGGCGCUCGCUGCGAGUCCGUGGUGACCGAGUUCCAGGUGAUGUGUCUGGCCGUGGGCGCCUCAGCUCUGGUGGUCCUGCUGCUCUUCAUGAUCAUCGUCUGCUUCGCCAAGAAGCUCCACGUGCUCAAGACGGAGAACAAGAAGCUGCGCAAACGCAGCAGUAAGUACCGGCCUACAUCGGAGACGCACAAUGAUAAUUUCUCGCUGUCCACCAUCGCUGAGGGCUCCCACCCAAAUGAUGAUCCUAAUUCCCAGAACAAGCUGGAGGACCCGGUGAAGGCCCCGACCAAGGAGGAUGACUCCCUCAACAUCCACAACUCUCUGACCCCCAAACACGAGAACCACAAGGUCCUGGGCGAGGAGAACUCCUCGGAGGUAAACUCACUGCAGAACAACAUGAUGUGAAAACAAAAAACAAAACAACCCCAGCAACCUGGCAACGCGACAACGAAAACGUCAAGGUGCGCCGGCAACGGAAGCCCCCCCCCCCAAAACCCCCCCCUCCCCUGCUCUCCGUCUGUCCGCUGCCGAGUGCGCCUAACCGGUCAACCAACAAACCAGCCUGUCAACAAACCAGCCAACCAACCCAGUCUGCAACCGUCUCCGACACGGCAACACUGCCACCAAGCGGCUUCCACCGCUGCAAAAAACGUACACCACCAUCACCACCACCACUACCGCCGCCACUGCCCCAGCCGAGAGUAAAAACCCUCCACCAGCCUCUCCCUGCCGCCGCCUCGCAACCCCCCCCCCCCCUUUCCCCCGUUUACAUCCAAUCACAUCCCUGUUUCGCAGCCCCGCCCCCUUGUUGCUGUCACUCUUCUCUUCCUUUUCUCUUCCUUCCGCACACACACACACAUACACACACACACACAUAAGAAGCAUACACAUACAGUGAAAAGAUGACGACAUGAACGCGCUUAUAUGUAGACACACACACACACACACACCUCCCCCUGCCUGCAUUGGUGUAUUUUGUAAAAAGAAAGAAAUCAUACAGAAGUUUAAAACGUACGUAAAACGUCAUUGUAAAAAAAAAAAAAGUAAAGAUAAAGCUACUGAGAGGUUUUGAUGUUUGUCUGACUAAUCCAGUGAGUAUGUAUAAAUAUUGGAAAAAAAUUUGCUUGGAUUGAUUU